GGACAGGUGAACACAAUCAUGGGCGGAGACAUGAAACAAGGGGCUGGACUAAACCAAAUGCACAUGGAAGAUCAAAACACAACACGAACACAUGGACAGGACUGGGAGGAGCCAACCGUGACACAUUGCCUAAUAUUAUUGUGCUCAGCAGAGAAAGUGACAGAAGAUGAAUGUGAGAAUGUUUCAGCUCAAUGUUGCUCUCUCUGGUCAUAAUCAACCAUUCAUGGUUGACAAAGCUGAAGCACCAGAACAAAACUGUUACAAUUUUUAAGGUGGGAGGGGGAAAAAAAGUGAAUCUGAAGGUUUAAGUUGUGAUAAAUUUUGUUUUCUUUUCAUCUUUGCAAAGCUGGUGGAGGAGGUGGUGGUGGGUUUGGACGAAUGGGUAAGAUUAGCAUUACUUACAGUAACAUAAAUGUACUUGAAGUGCUCAUAUCAUUGAAAAUAUUCCUCACAUUCUUCAAAUAACAGUUUGAUGUUGGAUGUAAAAAGUUUCCAAAGCCUUACUUUAUGAACUUGGUGAUGGCUGUUUAUAAUGGAUUAGAAUUUAUAACAUAUUCUUCAUGGAUUAAAUGUGAUUAGACGUUAAAUUUGUUUUUGUUUUGUUUUUUUGUUGGUGGAGGAGGCGGUGGUCUUGGAAGAAUGGCUGGUGGAGGAGGUGGUGGUGGGUUUGGACGAAUAGAACCCCUGCUGCAGCUCAUCUCCCUCCAGAAGGCUUCAGGCUGCUGGGAAAUGGACGAUGCGCUGGCAGAGGUGUUUGGGAGGACAGAAGAAGAGGUGGUCAGACAGACCCCUGCAGAGGUGGAGAAGGGGGUCUGGGCUACAGUUCUGGCUCUGAUCUGGUUACAUGGAUUUAAGAUGGAUGCUCAGGUCGAGUGGCAGUUUGUGGCCAUGAAGGCAGUGGCAUGGAUACACACCCAGAAUGUGGUCAGUCUUUCUGAGAGUGUUUGUGUGGGUAAUAAUCUGCUGGGCUGUCUGGUUAAAAAAGAGGAUCUUGGACUGUAAAGUUACUCUGCCCCCUUGCAAACCGACUGAGAUGCUCUUACAACCAACAAAAGUAGUUCUAUAUUUGCAUUUCACCAUAUAAUGUUGCUGUUCAGGUUCCAGAAGAUUUUUACUGCUAUUGUGUGUUUGAAUAAUUAUGUACAGUGAGACAUAAAGGUUAAAGGUUACCUGUGGAAAUCGUACAUGUUUCAGUUGAAGUAACUUAAGAAAAUUAUGUUCAAUAAAAUGCCAGUGCCCGUG